CACCAGCGUGGGUGACGUCACGUGUUGAGUGAAGUUGUUAGGGGGGGGUAGCCAUAAGCGUCAGUAACGAACGCGCAUCUCCCGUCGGCGGACUGAAAACCUGAUAAACAAAUAACUCAUAGGAGCAUUCCCUUUGUAUCAGAUUUGGGAGAUAUUUUCGUUUUUACUUGUGUGGAGGUCGCGAGACAGAUUAAGGGACCUGUGUGGACGUAGCAGCGAUGUCUCAGGACAAGAAUGGCUACCCUGGAAUGGGGGAGUGCAACCCCCUCCACAACAACGUCUACGGCCAGCCCAACCCCGCUGCAUUUGGGGUGCCUCCUCCAAACUACAUGGGGGCCCCUGGCAUGCCUCCUCCGAACUACAUGGGGGCUCCUGUGGCACCUGGAUACACAGAUCCAGGACCCUACGUCCAGCCAGGCUUCGCCCAAGGCUCACCCUACCCGCAGCAGCCCUACCCAGGGGUAGGGUACGCACAGGGCCCCCCACAGCCUUACCCAGGGGCAGGGUACGCACAGGGGCCCCCACAGCCUGGCUUUGGCCCCGACCCCAAUGCACCCAUGGUGGGCAGCCCUGGUUACCAUGGCGAGAAUGGGCCUCCCUCCUACUAUGACAACGAGGAGUUCACCAACUCAGGCUUCGAGGAUAAGACCAUCCGCCAGGCAUUCAUCAGAAAGGUGUUCAUGGUCCUGACGGUGCAGCUGCUGGUUACCUUCUCCUUUGUGGCGGUCUUCACCUUCCAUCCAGAAGCCAAGUUGUUUGUGCGCCGCAACCCCUGGACGUACUACGUGUCCUACGCCGUGUUCUUCGUGUCCCUGAUCACGCUGAGCUGCUGUGGAGAGUUCCGCCGCAAACACCCAUGGAACCUGAUUGCCCUGUCCAUCCUGACUUUGAGCCUGUCCUACAUGGUGGGGAUGAUCGCCAGCUUCUACGACACAGACUCCGUGAUCAUGGCUGUGGGCAUCACCGCAGUGGUCUGCUUCUCUGUGGUCCUCUUCUCUCUGCAGACCAAGUAUGACUUCACUUCCUGCCGUGGCGUUCUGUUUGUGUGCCUGAUCGUGCUGGUCCUCUUCUCCUUCCUCUGCAUGUUCAUCCGCCACAAGAUCCUGCACAUCGUCUACGCCUCGCUCGGCGCACUGCUCUUCACCUGCUUCCUGGCCGUUGACACGCAGCUGCUGCUGGGCAACAAGCAGCUGUCUCUAAGCCCAGAGGAAUACAUCUUCGCUUCCCUCAACCUCUACACCGAUAUCAUCAACAUCUUCCUCUACAUCCUGGCCAUUGUGGGCCGCUCGAGGGAUUGAGCGCUCGGCACCCCUCAGUGGAGAGAAGGGGAAGCGCAUGCGGUGUGCAAGGAGGGGAAAAUUUAAAAUCAAGUGAAUGGUUGUCAUUUCUUCUCUCCCUCUCCUUUUCUUCCUGUCUCUCUCUCUCUCUCUCUCUCUCUCUCUCUCUCUCUAUCCUGUUGUCAACUUUUCCAAAGAAACCCUGCACCUCUGCCUCCAUUUUUCACCCUCCCUUGUCCCAUCAGUGAGAGUUGGCACGAUUGGCUGAAUGAUUGACAGACAGACAGACAGACAGACAGACAGACAGACAGACAGACAGACAGACAGACAGACAGACAGACCGACCAAUGAGAGCUUCUCUGCCCUGUGGAGAGCAGAUGAGAAGGGCACGUUUUAAAGUCCCUUUUAUUUAACCACUUAAAUAGCCUGAGGCUCCCAUCACAGACACUUCUUUACCCAUGUUUGGUUUUGUUGAAACUCUGCGUUUGGCAACUCAGCACCAUGCCUCGCUCUGUGCUGUACAGUUUGCUUCUGCUGCCGUUUCCCGGGAGACGCUGGCCUCUGUCAGAGAAGCCAGAGGAUGCAGCACUCUGAGAUGAUGAGGGUUGCAGAUGGGACAGAUAUGUACCGGUGUGAUGCACUGUAGGGGACAAAUCAAACACGUUAUUACAUUUGCGCACCCAGAGAAUGUUGCUCUUCUGUAAACUGUCAGUGUAACCACCCGCUGCAUGCUGUUUGCAACACUGCUCAGACAGACAAACAGACAGACAGACAGAUAGACGGACGGAUCUGAGCAUAGACAGGCCUGGCUCUCCCUUGCUUCUUGUUAAGCUGUAGAUAGCACAGCACUCUUCAACCCCCUGCUCUCCUUCCCUCUCCUCCCAUCUUCUCUCUCUCUCUCUCCUUCCCUCUCCUCCCAUCUUCUCUCUCUCUCUCUCUUUCUCUCUCUCUCUGCAUGCCUGCUCUCCAUGUGCAACCCCGACCCAGUGCUUCAUGGGAACUACAACAGAAUGUGCAGACAUCACUGUAUAACUAACCAGUCACUCUGUUUUGGAACAAGAAUAAACAAUAAUACAGAGAAGAGAAAAUAAUAUAAGAGAAGUUUCACCGGUAGAGCUAGACAUUUGUAUUCUUAAAUAGACACAGAUAAAUGUUGAGGAAACUGACUUCGCUAAAUGGCACUCCCACUCCCAGCACAUGCGUCAAAGAGGGGGGUUUGUUUUGGUCACUGACCAGAACUCGGCAGGUCAAAAGGCCUGUCGUUGUGAGACUUUGUGCUCAGUAUUUGAUUUUUGUUUUCUCUUUUCCACCGGAAUCAUGGAAGAUUCUCCACUUUCCACUUUCCCCCUCCUGUCAUGUCCCCCCCCCCUGCUGCUUGUUUAUAGCUCUCUUGUCCUCUGUCUCUUUAAUGUAGCAGGCUUAGUUUUGUGUUAUUUUUUUCCAUUGGGAAUAAUGUGAAAUGUUAAAAGUAUUGAAAGUAUUCUUAAUUUUAUUUUUGUUUUUAACCGAGGGGUUAACUGAAGGUUUUGAUAGUUGUUUACAAGCUCAGAAGCGUUGGACUCAUCUCUAGUGUGUGUAGUUGUAAUUAUUUAUGAUAUAUUUAUUACAGAGACUGUAUAGGCGAGGCUGAAAUUGGGCUGGUGUAUUGGUUGUUCAUCUCUCUGUCUCUGUUUCUCUCUCUUUCUGUGAACUUUGUGAUGUUUUCCAAAAUCUGGAAAGGUGAUGUGUAUAUUUAUGGUACAGUUAUCUGCAUUUUAUCCAGGCUUAACCUUGCCUUGUACACUUGAGAGGGUCAUCAAAGGCAUCGUGUAAUAUAGCUUCAUAAUUACCAAAUGCUGUAAUUGGUGUAUAAUAGUAUUGGUUGAAUUGGUAUGAAAUACACUUGCAAACAAAGCUGUUGAAAACGAAUCAAUUUGGCUACAGCUGCAUUGAAUAAUUGAAGUCAUAAGUUCUUGCUCUACUUUUAGUACGGAGAGAGACAGGGAGAGAGAUGCACAGACAGACAGAUAUAUUUGUGCUGUAAUGCUACAAAAUAGUGGAUUGAAUGUGAAUUUCUGAAUUAAACAUCUGCUGGAAAAUGGUUCAAAACAAAAAGAAAAAGGAGAAAAAAAAGACUGCUCCCCCCCCCCACUUACCUGCAUGUGGUAUUGGUGUGUAUUGAAGCUGUUGUUGCUGGGAGACACCUCAUGAGAAAGCCCAUCCCACCCCCAUGUUUUAGUUCUGUUCUGCAGCCCUCUUUUAGACCUGAUUUCUCUAUUUGUGUUUGUAACUAACCGCAGUACGUAAGCCUCUGUAGUGGACUGAAGUGUAUAGGGUGAGCUUUGGCCUUUGUAGUUCUGUUUGCACUGUACAUUUGCAUUAAACUGAACUGGGAUUGUAUUCCUCUUCACUGCUGUAUGCUUUACAUUAAAACAGGGAAAAAAACAGACACAACUGGAA